AAAUCCUCGUUUAUAAAUGUGCUUGCCAUGUGGGUAUGGACAUCGAAGGAGAGAAAAGAAGAAUAAGAAAAGUGUAGCAAGAUGAUGCUCUCUCACUCUCAGCCUCUUCUUCAGAGCUUCAGGUCUGGCCAUGAAGCAGUCACCUCUGAGCUAGAAGAUAUUUUAAACGAUACUCGCACACCAACCUUUAAAAGGCUCAGAUCAGCCUCCUGGGUUGAGCUUAAAUUGCUCUUCCAACUUGCAGCUCCUGCAGUGAUUGUUUACUUGCUGAAUAAUGUGGUUUCCAUGUCUACCCAGAUCUUCUGUGGUCACCUAGGAAAUCUUCAGCUUGCUGCUGUUUCUCUUGGGAACACUGGCAUCCAAGUUUUUGCCUAUGGCCUUAUGCUCGGCAUGGGAAGUGCGGUGGAAACCCUUUGUGGGCAAGCAUAUGGGGCGCACAAAUUCGAAAUGCUAGGCAUAUAUCUCCAGAGAUCAACAAUUCUCCUGAUGGCAACGGGGAUCCCUCUCGCGCUGAUCUAUGUCUUUUCGAAGCCCAUCUUGGUCUUACUCGGGGAACCAAACGACAUAGCAACUGCAGCUGCAGUUUUUGUCUAUGGACUCAUCCCUCAAAUUUUCGCUUAUGCCGCUAACUUUCCCAUACAAAAGUUUUUGCAAUCUCAAAGCAUAAUUGCCCCCAGUGCAUACAUAUCACUGGUUGCACUGGCGGUGCACAUCUUAUUUACCUGGCUAGCCGUGUUUAAAUGGAACUGGGGCUUGUUAGGUGCAGCCUUGAUCCUGAGUUUGUCUUGGUGGUUCAUUGUGAUUGCCCAGUUUGUGUACAUUGCAAUGAGCAGGAAGUGUAGGAAAACAUGGAAAGGUUUUAGCGUGCAGGCAUUCGUUGGUCUUUGGGGUUUCUUUAAAUUGUCAGCUGCAUCAGCAGUGAUGUUGUGCUUGGAGACCUGGUAUUUUCAAGUGCUGGUGUUGAUUGCAGGGUUGUUGGAAAAUGCAGAGAUUGCAUUGGAUUCUCUCUCAGUUUGCAUGACAAUAUCCGGAUGGGUGUACAUGAUUUCAGUUGGAUUCAAUGCCGCUGCCAGCGUGAGAGUGAGCAACGAGCUAGGAGCAGGACAUCCAAAAUCAGCAGCUUUUUCUGUGAUAAUGGUGAAUCUAUGCUCUUUCAUUAUUGCUGUAAUCGCAGCCAUCGUUGUGAUGAUAUUGCGCGACUACCUCAGCUAUGCUUUCACUGAAGGUGAAGUUGUUUCCCAAGCAGUCUCCGAGCUCACCCCAUUCUUGGCUAUUACUCUCAUUCUAAACGGUGUUCAGCCUGUUUUGUCUGGGGUGGCUGUUGGAUGUGGAUGGCAAGCAUUUGUUGCAUAUGUGAACGUUGGAUGUUAUUACUUGAUUGGCGUUCCACUAGGGGUGCUUCUUGGAUUUAAAUUCAACCUGGGUGCCCAGGGAAUAUGGUCAGGGAUGAUCGGUGGUACGUUUUUGCAAACUAUUAUUUUAUUAUGGGUUACUUUUCGAACAGAUUGGAAUAAAGAGGUGGAGAAUGCAAAGGAUCGGUUGAGCAUAUGGGAAGAAACGAAAGAGCCUCUCUUGGAGGAUAAUAAAAGAGAUGGCUCGGAGAAUUGAAGUGGAUUUGGUUUUAUCGUCCUUUUGUAGUAUAAAUUUGAUAUCUUUACAACUCUAUUGAGAGAUUUUUGGUUUGAAUUUCACUGUAUGAUAAACAAAGGGUUGUGAGUGGCUGAAGUUGUCUUUGGGUAAUUGCAUGGAAUACAAAUAGCUUGCGUGGAGACUCGA